AUGCUGCUCUGUGUCCUGGCUCUCCUCUGCGGCACAGCAGCGCUGCCUGCUAUGGCCUUCGUAAAUCCCUCUUCUGUCCACUUCUCCUACCGCUACACCAUCUGCCCCGGCGGCGCCUGCGGCGCCAUGGGGGCCCCCCAGGGGGCCCCCCUGGGGGCCCCCCAGGGGCCCCUCUUUGCCCCCUCUAGCCUGCGUUUGAGGGGCCCCGAGGGUUUGAAAAAGGGUCUGAAAGAAGAGAGAAACUCUUUUGUUCUUUUUGCUGGAGAGGGCCAGGAGGAGAUUUUGCAAAAAGUGAAAGAAGUUGUUGCGGAGCAGUUGGGAGCAGAUAUAAACAAAGUGCAUGCAAACUCCCACUUUGUUAAGGACUUGGAGGCGGACAGCCUGGACAGUGUGGAGCUGGUGAUGGCCUUUGAAGAGAAGUUCGGAGUUACUAUUCCCGAUGAGGAAGCAACGAAGAUCACAACUGUCCAGGAAGCUGUCGAUUUCAUCCAAAAACACAAGUAA